UUGCUAGAUCUGAAUAUGGAAAACCUCGCAUCGCCGUCCGAUGUGAGUCUCACAGCAGAGUCAGCUCGGCUCGUGAGAAUCCUCCUGAAGAGACGCACCGUCACCGGGGACCAGGAGGGAAGCCCCGUGACCAGCAGGGUGGACUGGGUGUCCAGCGAGGACUUCACGGUGGACGAGGGGGAGAGGCAGAUCGGGGAGUACAUCCGAUCCUGGGAGCUGUCCCCCCGCUGGCUCCACAGCCUGUACUUCCUCUGCACCACCCAGGAGGAGCUGCACACCUUCCACCACUACCAGGCCCGCUUCAGCGGCCCGACGGCGGCCAGGCCGAUCCAGGGCACGGCGUCCGUCUACUUCGUCAUGUGCGAGUCGAAGGUGGAGGCCCGGGACCAGCCCGUGCAGGUGGGCUUCCUGGUGGAGUCGAACAGGCUGGUGCACACGCCCGGAGCCACCCGGUUCACAGAGACGUGGCUGGCGGAGGUGAUCGAGAGCAAGACUGCGCUGCGAUAUGCGACAGAUGCACCGUGAUCAGCCCGGAGAGCCACAUCCACCCAGCUAGUGAUAGCUAACACCAAUGCUCUGUUAUGAUGAGGACCAGCGAGCUGUGGCUUCUGAGUUGUUUCCCUCGCGUUCACUGAACCGUCCAAUGUUAGCGAGCUUCCCAGCGGUUUCCCAGCAACCGUAUCCAUGGACAGACACAUUUUAGAUUUACGUACACGCGUAUUUAAAUGCCGAGCGUGAUGUUUUGAUGCUAGCUGCUAACCACACGGCUAAACGAAUACUAGCCACAUGCUAACUGGCCGCUGCUAGCCUCGUGAGGGAAUGCGGUGUUUUCUACGCAGUAUCACGCGUGAAACUACACGGGACUUGUUCUUACCUUUCACGACACAGACCGCAGGCGAAAUAUUUCAUUCUAUGAGGUGCUGGACGGAGAACAUAAACAGGAAGAAGACGGGAAGUGACGUGAUAGCUCUGUUUUGCGGGGCGAUGUUUUAUUUCUGCCACUAGAUGUCGACAAACACCUGUAAAAUUAAGU